CGUUUGGAGAGAGCUGCUUCGUUUCGCCCAGUGCGUCACUAUGAAGUGUUUAGAAUGAGUUGUGUUGAUAUGUUCUGUAUCAAAAAAUGAUCUGUUUUGAAAUAGGAUUACCUUCCAAUUCAUUGAAAAUCAACUGUUCUUCUUAGUAAGGUAAGUUCCAUUUGAUAACUUUAAAAGACUGAAUGAACUUGCAGUGAAUGAUAUAAUAUUUCUUUUUAUACAAACAAGUCAUCCUGUUAUGAUUGCCUGAACGAUUGUGGAAUCCAGAAUAUUAAAACCUGUUCGAAGAAUCGGUUAAAAUAGAUUUUAAUGUGAAGAACUCAACAACUGAUCCUCUCACAUAUUUACUACGGACCUAUUGCAAUAACUCAUAUAUGAAAUACCAAAAAUGAUUCUAUUUCACCCAGACGCAUUUACUCAGGGCGAGGGCCCGCCCUAAGAUAGUGAUGGGUCCCUAAAUCUAGGUCCGCCAAGCUUCCACUUUACCAACAGGAUAUAACCACCUGCAAAUUGUAAACCUUUUACUGGUUUUCUACAAAACUUUUUAUCCAGUUGGAAGAAUGGACGGCAGGCAUGAUCUGUCGGUAGACCACGCAAGAUUACUCUCCAGUGGUUAUGCUUCCCUGGAUGGCUCGGCCUCUGGUCAUCCGAAUUCUCAACAACUGAGGCCACCUUAUGGUGAUAUAUGCCGACCUCCUGGAUCGGAUGCUUCAACAUUAUCAGCUGCUUAUCACAGUCGGUAUUUAGCUUCGAUGCCUCUAUCAGCAGGUUCUCCCUUUCCAUUUUUGGGUGGCAUGUUCACGGGCAGUUUGGCUGCGCCUCCAACGAGUCCAUUUCGAACUCCAAGCACAUCUCAGCUGAAUAAUAUGAGGUUUUGGCCUCCAACACCUCCUCCUGACACAUAUGGUCGUUAUAACAUGAACACCAGUUUAUUCCCCUUGUUUGGAUCUCAGUCUCCGGAUGCUGGAGCAUUCCUAACUCAAGGACUAGUCUCUCGCAUGGGUUCAACAACACAUUUAUCACCUGUUAUUGAUCAUAAAGAACACAGUUUCUUUUCUCAUGGAAUUGGUUUAAGUUCCCCUUUGACCCCGAAUAGUCAUGUGACCUCACCUUCACCCUUUCCUCAUCUUAUUCCUUCUUUAGAACGACACCCAGGUUUCAUGGGUCACAUGACUUUGGGCAGCAAGGAGCUUGAAGAUAUUCAGCCUGAUACAGACGAUGCCAGACUCCUAAAAAACCACAUCGAUUGUUUGAUGAAACAUGACAUUCCCUCAUCUCGCCAAGACCGGUUGAAAUCAAAACAUGACUCUAAAAAUUGUUGUGAGAAAGCUUCAGAUGAUUGUUGUAAAAUCUCACCUUCUUGCAUUCCCCGUGAUACUAAAAAACCUCAUGACAACAGCAGGAACUCUUCCAAACAUGAUGGAAAAAACCAUAGUCACCAACUAUAUAACAAAGUACAGCCUUGUAAAAUAGAAGUGAGUCACUCACCGACAUUGAAACAUGACCUGUUAUCCCCACCUAUAGACUCUCCCAAAUCUGAGAUGGCUUCACCUUGCCGAAGUGCAAAGAAAGCUGUCUCGCCUUUUCCACCAGAGCCAGUUACUUCAUCAACUUCUCCUUCAUUGAGUCCUGAAAAUCGAUGUUGUCAGUGUGCUGGUAGCAUCAAUAAUGCUGUUAAAUUAAAUUCCAGUGAGAACAUCUCUAAUGUUGUGUCUUCAGAGCCAGUAACUACUUCAAACACAUUUGCCCAAUCAAUUCCUGUGGCAAAGGUAACAUCAACAAAAAGUGAUAUUGCUUUCACUCCUGUCAAUACUAUCAGUGCAAAAAAUAUGUGUGUACCACAUGAAUAUCAUCAAAAUAUUCAAAAUUCAUUGAAUUCUUCAUCGUCUGUGAUAAAUGCUAAUUCCAACUUGAAAACAUCUGACCAGUCAUCCCAUUCAAAAGAUAUCUCAGAAUCUAUAAUGAAAACUGCACCAAAUCCUGUUACACCUGUAAAAUAUGUAGCAGCCGCUGUAAUUCCAACAGCACCAAAACAAAAUCUUUGCAAACCUUUACAUUUGGAUACGAAUCGCUUGAUCCCUAUCCAGGACAAUUCAAAUACAAAACCUGCAUAUGGUGAGACUAUUGUUAAUAAAACUGCAGAAGUUUGUUCAAGUACACCAGAUGUCAAAUUAGAGGGAUUUCCAUCUCAAUCGGAAAUUACUACAACUGUGCAAUCACAACCAUUGCCAAAUUCUGUGAUGAAUAAUGAUCUGUCUGAUAAAACUGUUAAUAGAAUAUCCCCUGUCUGUAAUGUAAAAGAAACCACUCUAAAUAUAUGUCCAACUAAACCAUUACUUGGAGAGAAGUUGAUAGAUCCGAGCCCACAAAAGUUUAUUGACAAUAAACUAAACAAAGUAUUGCCAAAUUCUUCUUGUCAUACCUCUCCUUUGACUGUUGCCUCAGAACUGAAUUGCUCGAUGAAAAGUCCAUGCAAAUCUAAUAGAACUAACUAUUUGACAUCUGAAAAUAAUGGCAAAGCCAAUCCAAUGAAAGAAAGCACACCCAUUAUGAAAACUGAGGUACUGAGUACACGGUUAGAUUGUGAAUUUUCUCAAAAGUCUGCUAGUUGGUCUAAAGCUACUGUAAUGCCUUUUAAUUGGCAGAACAACAGUAAUACUCAUGAUGAUCAAGCAAUCAAUUUAACUGUAUGCAAAAAACCUGUGAAACCUGAACCUGGUGAUGCCUCUGUAUCACUGAGUCAGGAUUUAAGCCAUUCUCCUCUUAAAGCUUCUACUGAAAGUGCAAUCACAACCAGUGGCAUAAUUGGUGUAUGCCACCCUAAUCCAAAUCCUAUGGCAAUUAAUAAAGUGAAAGGUACUCCAGCUGUAAGUUCUAUUAGCAAUUUCUCUUCCAUAUCAGUUGUUAAUCAACCAUCUGAACAGGCAACCGAAGUGCACAUUUUGCAUAGAUCUUCGAAAAGCUCUUUUCCAAUUGUUAACAGAAAUGCAACUCCUCCGGUACCAUUGAAAAGUACUAUAUCUCAUGUUACAGCAAAUGCAAGCAUUCAUAGAUCUUUAAAAGCUGAGCGACUAACGAGCAAAAGGGGAAAAUUAAGUGAUGUUGAUAAGCUGGGUCAUGGUGGUAGAGCAACAUUAGCUACACUUGCUCCCAAGUUGUCAAAAACUGUUGGCUUUGGAAAGGAUGUUCAGACAUCUCAUACUCUGUCAGCAUCCUCAUCAGUGUCUUCAACAUCAAUAGUUUUCCCUGCUACAGUAAAUCCAUGUAUUCCUGUUGGAAUAGCGAUUGCUCAGCAAAGACAAGAUUCAUCUGCUUCUGCUACUAUGGGUAAGCCUCAAUCAUCUAUCCCUGCUAACACACCAAAUGUUGUGGCACAAAACUCACAGCUGGUGAAUAACAGAGUUGCAGCAGAUAUACAAGCCCAAGAGAUUUUAGGGGAUCAGAAAAGCCAAGAAUUAUCAUGCUCCAAUAAUCCUACACCAAUGGAUACCAAUGUACUAGUCACUCAAGGACCAACAAUUGUUUCAAGGCAAUGGGAAUCUGAAGCUUUAACACGAGCAGCAUUACCUUCUCCAUGGGUCGCCCAUGGAUCUAUUGUUGCACCAGCUGUUUGGCUUGGACAAGGAGCUUAUACUGCAGCGCCACCUUCUAAUACUGUACCAAGUGUUGCAAUGAACUCUCUUGAAUCUUCACCGAUUUCUUUGCCACCAGGUGGUUAUCAACUUGCUCGUGAUUCAAUCACUGGUCACUUGCUGCUAAUACCUACUGCAAAUAUUGAGUUGAUGGAUCGACCUUCUGUUUGGCCUACAUUUAACACUGCUGCCGGAAAUCUUCCUAUACAGCAACUUGUAACCCAACAACAACAUACACAGUUUGAGCAGAUGCUACCCCAUACUGAAACUCUGAAAACUAGUGAAGCAAUUGACAGCAGUUGCAAUAUUACCUCUUGCGAUAUUUCUGUAAAUACACAAACAAAAACAGAAGACAAAGUUGAAGAAAUUAGUGGGCAAGUGCCAAGUGUACCUCUGGCAACUGGGCAGACGUACGCUUUCGCCACUUUUCCUACUCAAUGUGAUCCUUCUAGCUUCUCAUAUGUUUUACAAUCUUCAACUGUGAUGCAUCUUGCCCAUACUCAAACAGCUGCUUCGAUUCAAACUGAAUCAGGACGUCGAUCCCAAGGGACUUCGCCACUCCAUUGUGCAACUCCUUCUCCUCCACCUAACACCUGUGCAGUCCAGGCCUCAGUCACUGAAGAUGAAGAAAGUGAUAAUGAGUGUGAUAGCGUUGCUUGCUGUGAAUCAACAGAACUGCAAACAUCCUGCCAAAGCCAGUCUGUGACAACUGCAAUUCAGGUUGACAUGGAUUGUCAGACAAACUCAGAAGAAGAAGAAGAUGAGGAAAAGAAGGUUGAGUUAGAGAAACUAGUGGAAACAAGAGUUGAAAUGUCUGAUUCAGCUAAUCAGACUGAAUCAGUGCCCUCAGGAAGUCCAAAAUCAGUUACUGAACUGGAAGAUGUUUCCAUGGAACAAGCUGAGCAGGAAUCAAGUCUUUCUCUUAACUCUCCAAAAAGUGAACCAUCUGAAGCCAUGAGGAUCACUCCAGUGCAUGACACCACUGAAGAAUCUCUUGAAACAAAAAACGCUGACGUCAAGGAUGACAUUGACCCAAGUCUGGAAAUUGUCACAUCAGAAACUGAACUAGCUCCUUCUCUUCCUGUUGAAAGUAAACCUGUUAUGGAUUUCAUUGAUCAUCACGGACUCAAUCUGUUGGUGGAUAGUAUUGAAGAGUUUGCUUCUAGGGAGCAAAGUCAAAACGAUGCUGAUGCAGAGCAAAAUGCACAUAAAGAUGGAAUAUCUUCCUCUAAUAAUGUGCUUGAGCAUUCUGAGUGCAUACUUCCUGUUGCUCCCAAAAAAGAAAUGAAUUCAAUUCUUCCUGAAAAAUCUUAUUCAUCCAACUUCAAGACGAUUGAUACAACUUGUACUGAUGGAUUGGGUCUGUUAUGUGCUCUGGCUGAGCAGAGGUUUUUCGAGGAAGCGUUAAAUCUUGACGAGAAUAAAUCCAGUGGGUCUGUAAGAGAAACAGUGGACUGUUAUGCAUUUAAAGAAGAAAAAGAGUGUAAAAUGGAAGAUUCAUUCACCAAAGACCAAAAUAAUUCUUAUGCAUCACCAUUUUCUUCUUGUUCUUCAUCACCUGAUCAUAGUGAAGCAACUGAAAUGGAUAUGAGAGUGCGACUUGCGGAAUUGCAAAAGAAAUAUAGACAGAAGCAAAAGGAAUUAGAAAUAUUGAGGAAUAAAAAAGAAAAAGAAAGUAGUGAUGAUGAAUUAGAUUACUCUGUUAAUUCCUCUGACUGUGAGAAAAUGCCAACUGAAAGUAUGAAUGGUAAGAAACCUAACUUCAGUGCAAAACAGGCAUCUGUGUGUGGUGAGAAUAACCAUGGUUCUAAGAACAAUACGACUAAGUCUUGGCAAAAAAAUAAAAGGUCAGCUGACACUACAGUGUUGAGUAAAUCACUUUCAAAGAAGUUGAAAAUUGAUAUGAAAUCAGAAUCAAGGCACAGUAUGGGUCAAGUGAAAGGAAAUUGCAUUGAAAAUGGCGAAACUAACGGCAAUGGAAAUCAAGAUUCACUCUCAUCAUUAUCUGGAGAAUCAAAUGGAUCUUCACAUUCUGACUAUUCAAGUGGAUCUAAUAUUGGCAAAAAAGAUACUGAUGAAAACAGUUCUGAAUGCUCAGGAAACAUUAGCAAGGAUGAGAGUACUUCUCAGGAUCAAGAUUAUGAUAAGAAUGACAAGUCAAAAACACCAUUUUUUGAUGAACAAGCUUGGUUUGUUCGCCGAAGUGAGCGUAUAUUUCUCAGUGACGCCCGAUCAACAGCAACUCAACAAUCUAGCAAUCAGCCUACAACCGAAAAAAGUGGCAAAAAAAGUAUUACACAUUCCUCUCAUAGGUUAUCUACUGAAAAUCAAAAAGAAAAGAAAGAGGGUACAAAGUCUUCAAAAACUGCAAAAUCUCAUGAUGAUGAUGGUAAAAGAGUGAAAUCAAAAGUUAUUGUCAGAUCUGUCAAAAAACCUUUAUCAAGUGAGUUUGUUGACACCACUAGCAGUAGUGAUGAGGAUUCCUCUUCCGAUAGUGAUUGCAGUGAUGGAGCAUCAAGCAUGAGCGAAAAUGUACCUCUUAGUAAAUUUGUUGAACAAUCUUCUGGAAAAGCUGCAACAGCUGAAAGACCAAAGAGAUUAUCAACAGACAGUGAAUACAGUGAUUUCAGUUCUGGUCAAAGUGAAGACAUUCCAUUAAGUGAUUUAAUCUCACCUAAAAAUCAACUUCCUGAACUUAAAUCUUGCAUUCUAACGCCAGAAGAGCUGCAAGAAAAUGUCCGUCUGCUUGUCUUGGAUGAAGGUCUCUUUUAUGCUGGACAUGUUACUAAGAGUGAAGAUUCUGAUAUGUACGGAAUUUUAAUUGAUGGUGAUAGAGCUGCACGACCUCAUAUGUUCUCUAAAGAGGAAAUUCUUAAUGCUGCUGUGUUAGAAGUAAAGCCCAUUAAUAAACAGCAGUUACCAGAAGGGUCUAGAAUAUGUGCUUUCUGGAGUCAGCAGUAUAGAUGUUUAUAUCCCGGUACUGUAACCAAAGCAACUAGUCCUAUGCCUGAUCCAGAUAUGUUAUAUGUAGAGUUUGAUGAUGGUGACAGAGGUCGUAUUCCCUUAAAUGAUAUUAGAAUGCUUCCAUCUGACUUCCCAAUCGUCUCGAUGGAACCUAAUCCAUUCAUGAUUCUGGGAAAACGCAGAUCUCGUGCCCAAAGUCAAAAUAGUUCUGGUCCUAAUGAUGGAAAGAAUGGGAAUGAUUCCAGUUCUCAAAUCAAUGAUAAGGAAAAGAAUGAGCAUAAAAAGAUGAAAACCAGUGACAAAUCGAACAAAAAAUCAUCUGAUAUUAAGAAUAAGGAGAAAACUAAAAGCAAAUCCCCUUCUGCUGUAAGAUCCAGGAGUUCUUCUAAGUCUUCAAGUGCGAGUCGUAGUGAUAACAAAAACCAAACGAGUGUGGCAAAAAAAGACUGUGAAGAUUCUAAAAAGAAUAAAACUGAUUCACUCUCUAAGCCUUCUGAGGAAAAGCUAGAGAAUGUUGACAAAUCCACACCACCAGAUCACAAACCAAAGAAACAUAAAAAACAUAAGGAGGAUCACCAUAAGCACCACCAUAAACAUCAUCAUAAGCAUCAUCAUCACAAAAAGCAUAAGCAUGGUCAAGAUGGAACUGUGAUAUCACCAAACUCAACCAGUGAUGACUCUUGUAACUCAUCUCCCAGAGAUUAUGACUCGAACAAUACUUUCAUUUUGGAAAACUCAACGACUGAAUUACUGACUAUGAAAAUUAAGAAAUCACCAUCUCCUCACACUAAUCAGGAGGAGAACUCAGCGAUAGCUAACAAGGCGAAAUCGUCGUCUUGUUCUUCUGAUGACGAUAGUUUGGAACCUGCUAAAAAGAAACUUAAGAAAUCAAAGCUUCAAACUUCUCCUACUAAACCUGCUAAAAGGAAAGAGCGUGUUCCAUCUGUUGAAAAAAGUAAAAUAGCUGCCUUUUUGCCCGUUCGUCAACUGUGGAGAUGGUCGGGAAAAAGCUUCCGGCGUCCCGGGGCUAAAGGAAAAGCUAAAAAGGAAUUUUAUAAGGCUAUACAACGUGGUAAAGAAACUAUAAGGGUGGGAGAUUGUGCUGUUUUCUUAUCUACUGGCCGACCACAUCUACCAUAUAUAGGCAGAAUUGAAACCAUGUGGGAAUCAUGGGGAGGUAAAAUGGAUGUGAAAGUGAAAUGGUUCUAUCAUCCUGAAGAAACAAAGAGUGGGAAGAAAUUAAGUCACCUUAAAGGAGCGCUGUUCCAAUCCCCUCAUUUUGAUGAAAAUGAUGUCCAAACAAUAUCGCACAAAUGUGAAGUUCUCUCGUGGAGUGAAUAUCAAGACAAGAAGCAUCCUGAAAACUCGUUAUUUGACAACAACGAUACUUACUUCCUAGCUGGAACCUACGAUCCAUUCCUGGGAACUCUACUACUUGAGCCCGGUGUACCAUCCGGUACGACACUGGAACCGUGAGCUUUCUCUGAUGAACUUUUUAAACGCUUAUGCUUUAAUCACUUUUCAUUUGUUAGUUGUUGCUCCUGUGCAAUGUCUUACAUGCAUUGUACAUUUCCACUGCACGAUAGUAGUUAUUUUAUUGUUGUUAUCUUUCAACUUUGAUUUGGCAGUUAUAUUGCUAUUGUUGUGAACAUGGGGCUUCCCAAUUCUCUGAAGUUGAGAGUGCAUUAGAUAUUGCUUUUAUAAAGUACCUGAGAUUUUGCUUCCCUUAUUUUCAGCACUGGAGUUAUCAAAGUUUAUACUUUUUCGUAGCCGCAUAUGCACGUAGCACAACAGUAUCAUAGAACAAUAUGCCACAAAGUGGAUGCAGCAAUAUGUACAAAGUGGACACUGCUUACUCUUAAUAGAAUUCAUUUCAUAGCUGUUGCUGCUGGAUUACGUUCUUGGGGAGCCCCUUAAAAUUUUUUGCUCCUUCGCAAAACCGACAAUGUUUGAGUCAGCUUUACUUUAUCUGAAAUUAAAUCUGACUCAUAGAGUGCUUAACUUGAUUGCUCGUUGUAUAUUACACAUUGAUAAAUUAAUGCUGUUAUAUGUGAGAAAAAAAUAUUUCCCUCUCUACUCUUUUUAAAAAGGGGGAAAUAUUUUGUAUCAUAUUUUGCAAAGCAUUUGAAAGGUGACAAAUAUGCUUGGUGGUUCUGUAAAGGGUCCCAUCAGUAUUGAUUUUCCUCUUUAAAAUGUUUUUCCAAGUGAAAAUAUAAAAAUAAAAGUGAUACAAAGAAUUUAUUUUUAAAAGAUUUGUUUUAUAGCCUGUAUACUAUUUGGAUUAUUUUCGAACUUAUAUUAAAAGCUCUUUGAAAAAAGGCAGUGCCUUACUUUAUACUUUUAUGUUUGAGAAAUGCAAAAUAUAGAAAUUAUUCAGCACACGAACAUAAAAAAUUCGCCUGCAUACUGAAUGAAAUAUCGCUCAUAAUGUUUGAAAUUAUAAUUAAAAGAACCUUAAUAUAAAUUUUUAAAAACAAAUCACAUUGUGCUUUCACAAUAACGAUAUUGUAAUGAAAAUAAAUGGUUUUAGUAGAUAUUUGUCUUCAAUAGUUCUUAAAAGACAACUUAUUUAUCUCAGUAUUCUGGUACAAUGUGUAAUCUUCCUCAGGAGUGUUGUUUUAAGUUGGUGUGUAUCCUAUACAAUUAACGACAGAAAAAUGUAGCAAAUUUAUUGUUAAUAAAAGUUAUUAUGCAUCAGUGCUUAUGCAAUUUUAACAACAUAUUUGUCACCUAAGAAAAAGUGGGAUAUUACUACUCUUCUUGUUAUAAAAUUAAAUAAUUUUAAUAGAGCUGUUUCACUGUAGCUUUAUAUUUAAUUUUAAGUCAACAUCAUUUUCCAGUUUAAGAAAAGAAUGGUGUACUUUUAUCCCUACAUUGUUUUUAGUUUUUCCCCAUUAGCAAUAAAUAUUAGCAUUUUCUCGGGAUUGCUGUGUCUGUUGGAUCCAUUUAGGGUCUUUUUCAUGUUUUAUAGAAUCCCUGUUUGAUAAUGUCUAGCGAAUUUUUAAUGUUUUUACAUUUGCUAUCAUCUUGUCGGCUGAGCAAAUUUAAACUAUUAAAUACCCAUAGUACAAUAAGAAUUGCCGUAUAUUUUACUUGUUCAAUACGACUUAGUUGUAAACAGUAAACAAACUUGUAUCGCAUUGACGGGCAUUGAAUACAAAAUUUGUUGGGUUUCUACUAUAAAGUUAACAAAUGCAGCCACUUUGUCUGUCAAUGUCUUAGCCUUCCACAAAACUAUGCACAUUUCUUAUGAUAAAUUCAUAUCAUAUAUUGUAUAACGUUAAGAAAAUGUACUAUCACAUAUGUAUAUCAUCAUCAUAUUAGAUAUUUACUCAUAUCUCAUUAAACACAUUUAGUCGUAUUAUCGGAUAAGCUAUAUUCAGUCAUAUUAUGAGAUAUUUUAUCAGAUAGUUAAUAUGAAGUGUACUUCUUUUUCACUAAAGCCUUUUCAUUUGUAGUUCAUGUGUUACUAAGUGCAGUUUUAUUUUCUAAGUAAACAAGGAGAGUCACCCUAUUUUAUCUGAUAAGUGGACCAAGGAUUGAGCGCACAUAAAUUUAUCCAUGUGUGUCCAAAAAACGAAUGUAUUUUUUUAUCUUGACUGAAUCAGAUAUUUCUUUUUCGCUGUGAUUUACUUUAUCCUCUUGCAAACUAGUUUAUUCGCACUUUAUUGAGUGCGGUCUUUUUUUUUCUUUUUUUUUUUGUAUCAAAAAAUUUGGCUUUUGAAGUUUGAAAUCUAGUCUUUUGCCUCCUUAAUGUUAAAACUAACGGUAUUACAUUGUUGUUCCUACUGUUCUAAAAUCCUUGUAAUUUUUGUUUAGUUGCUUUGAAUUUUUCUUCCCACUUCUUCAAAAAUUCAGCUUAGUGCAGUUAAAUGUGCCAUUUUCUCACUUCUGUUGCUCUUCCUGUUGCCAAAUAUUUUAAUUGUGGUUAAUGAAGAAAAAAAAACUUGCUUUUCACGCUAAAACAUAAGUGCCAUACUAGAGAUAUCUCACAAUAAUCAUAACUGCGGGAAAUUGUUCUCUUUCACUACUUAACUGUUAAUGACUAAAUUUUAAAAUGUAACUUAAAAAACGAAUUUUAGACUCUAAAAUUUGUAUGAAUUUUAGAGAGUUUGUGCCAUAAGUGUCUGUUUUUUACUCUCUUGACUUCCUUGGCGAUCUGUGCAAUCUGCAUGUGUAGUUAGUCAAAGUGCUUUAAACCUUUUAACAUACAGGGAUGAAAGUACACCAUGAAAUUCAAUUGUUACAUUGUGCUCAUAUUUAGUGAACUCAUUGUGUUGAACUCUACCGCAGUUGUGUAGUGUGUACACAGUAUUUAAUUGUUAUGUGACAAAUAGUACCUGCUUAAUUACUAUUUGCCAGCAGUAAUGUUUCAUUUGUUGUUGUACAAUCUUGUUUUUAUUUGUUAUAAAAAAAAAUUUAGUCAUAUUUUAAAAUCGUCUCGACUUUUAUGUUUUGGCGUUUUCCAUUUGAUGUUUUUACCCAGUUUAUGUAUAUCAGUGGUUCUCUGUGAUAUUGCAUUUGAAUAACGUUUUGCACUUCAGAAUUUUUGUGGCUGUCUUCAUGAUGUGCAAUUCAUUGAUGUUCGAUUGAAAAUUUGAAAUGUUUGCUUACAUAAACAGGCUAAAAAUUACAGUGAGUCAUAAUUGAAUGGGUGAUAUUGAAAGCAAGUCAUUUUCAUAGGUAAUCCAAUGGAGCUGACCUGAUUUCAAACUUUUACUUCACUGUGACAAGUUUACAGGAUGAUAAAAAGCAACUUGGACAACAUUUAUAACUUAUCAUUAACGGCUGCAAAAUUUUUAUUUUAUCUGUUGAAUUUUUUUUAGAUACUCAUCUAAUCUAUAAUGGUUUUCAAUAUGUAGAAACUGUACUGCGUUCACCAAAUUAAAAGCCAAUUAGAAUACUUAAUACCUACUUUAAUACAAAUAUUUGAUUUGUGAUGAAUAAAUGUUAAACUUUUAUGUAAACUAAAAUAAAAAAUAAGAAAAAUCUUUGCUAAAAGAGUUGUUUAUCGUAGAAAAUAUUUAAAAAUCAAUGUGUUGUUCAAAUCUUCGUUUUUUAGCCAACGCUUAUUUGUUUAGUUCAAUUAUAACUUUGAUUGUUGUUUUCAGAUCGCUUAUAUUUAAGAUUUAUUUUAUAUGUGUCCUUCAUGCCUUAGCAUUCAUAGAGAAAUUCAAAUGUAUAAAAUUAAAUUUAAAUACUAUUACAAUAAAUUAAAAAUUCUUAACAUGUAUUCAAUAUUUUCUUAUUUUAAAAUUUGGAAAAAAAAGUUUAUUUUAUGAAAUUGCUAUAAUUUAAAAAGGAAAUAAGGUUUUGGAAUCUAAAGAAAAUAUAUGCUUUUCUCUAAUGUAAUGAAAAUAAUUAAUGCAUAAAAUUGAUUUAACAUUUAAAACCUUUUAUUUAUCAUUCAAAAAUAUUUUCAACAUUUCAUUUAAUUCUUUCAUUUCCUAACAAACAUUUAGGUACUAAUAUGAAAUGCAGUGUUCAAAUAAUAUUUUAUCAUCCUAUAAAUUUGUUUUUCUUUAUUAUCACUUCAAGCCAUGUUUUCAAAAUUUUUCACUUGCAUAACAAUCUUAAUGAAACCAUAAAAUGUGCAAAACUUCAUUUUGUCAGCUAUUAAAGAACCACUGAUGAUUUAAAAAAAAUGAAGUAUAUCAUUUGUACUCGUGUAGUUGAUUUUCAAAUUAAAUCUAUCAGCACGCUUAAAGCUUAUGUAGGUAAUAAAUAAGAAAAAAAAAUCUUGAAAAUAUUAUAGUUGGAAAAAAAAACAUAAAAAAAAAAUUUACGAAAAAAAAUAUUAAUUGUAGUUCUGUGCAUACGCAUUCUGAAUUAUUUUGUACAGUGUAAAUAUUGCUUAUAAAUGUACAAAAUUUGGAUGUAUUUCGCCAUGUAGAAACCCUAUUUUUAUAUAUAUAGCAAAAGCCAUUUUGAAGGGAAACGACAGUGAAGGUGCUGGUUUGUAUAUAUCAAGGCGAAUAAUUUAGUUUGGCAUGAAGCUAUUUUGUCUAUGUAUGCUAUUAUUAGACUGUUCUGGGUUUUUAAUGUCUAUGGUACAUGAAUAUGGUGCCUGUUUGUGAUAUUAAUUAAUUUUGGUUUCAACUGAUUUUUUUCUUCUCAUUUUUUCUCAUAAUAAUUCUUUUGGCUAAUAAUGCAAAAAAAAAAAUAUAUAUAUAUAUAUAUUUUUCCCUACAAAUUAUAACUGUCACAUAUCUUAGAUUACACACAAAUUCUCAUUAAGUAUUAUGUGAAACAUGAUUUUAAAUUUUCUACAAUUAUGUAUUACAGUAGCCGAAACUAGUAAAAAAAUCUCAGGAUUAUGAAAUCAUCUGCUUGCAAUAUUAAAACUAGUUUGAAAAAAUUGCUGUUUUCUUUAUUUCAAUAAAACUAAUGCAGUUUAAGGCAAAAUAUUUGUCAAUUUUUAUUAAUAUUGAAAUUUUUUAAUUAGAUCGAUAAAACAUUAAUUUUAUUAAAAUUUUACUUAUUGCAAUAUUAAAACUAGUUUUAGAAAAAAUCCCUCUUUUCUUUAUUUAAAUAAAACUAAUGUAGUUAAAGGCGAAAUAUUUGUAAAUUUUUUUUAAUAUAGAUAAAAUAUCGAAUUAGAUCAUUAAAACGUAAUAAAAUUUAAGGUAAUAAACUUACAAUUUUCGAAGAUGUUUCAAGAAUUAAGGUAGUUAUGACUUCACUAAAGUCUGAAGUUUAUUUUGACAAAUUUGUAGUAAUCAGAGAUUUAAACUUAUUGCCGCUUUUUAAAACCUAAGACGAAUCUAAUUUUAAACUUGACUUCUUUUUUUUUUGAAAAGGACUAAAUUAGGGUAAAAGAAAUUCAAUAUUUAUUUAAAUUUUAGAUGACUUAAAAUGUUGAGUUCUUAGUUUGGGAAACAGGCUUUCCCCCCCCCCUUAAAAUUACAUUGCGAACAAAGUCAUUUUAAUGAAUAUUGGGUACUGUAAUACUUAGAUCAUAUUUAGAAAUCCUUCAAAAAUUCGUAAUUAUUUCAAAUACUUAGGCCAUAAGUGAUCCUUGGUUUAUCUGAAUAAAGAAAUUAAUAAAAUAUAAAAAGCCAUGUGACUUUGCACAUGAAGAUACAUAUUUUUUGAGUAAAGGUGUAAAAAAUUAAAAUUUCAUAAAAAGUAUUUUUUUACAUUCAUGCAAUUUUAAUUUUUGCAUUUUUAUUUUCAAUUUUGUAACUACUUAUGUUAGUGAGUUAAGUAUUUGCCGCUAUCUGUUGAAAAAGUUUAAUAGAUAGCUGGAAGGAAUCGACAUUGGUUCGUAUAUUUGGUGCUUAAGUAAUUAAGGUUCUACUGAAUUUGAAAUCAAAAUUUUUUUUCAAAACGAUACUUAAUACCAUAAUACUUAAUAUUUAUGUUUCAAACAAAUAUAAGUUUUCGCAAAAAUUAUAACGUAACAUAGAUUUACCUAACAUGGAAAAAUUAAAUUAAUUUAUUUUGAAAUCAUGUUUACCAUAAAAAAAAUUAUUUUUUAGCACAAUCAUGUUAAUUUUUAUCAUAAUUGAAAGAAUAGGUCUAAUGUGAAAAAUCACUUUGCUUAUUCGGAACAAAAUAUCCAUAUAAAGAAGAAAAAAAAUCACGAGUGUCCAUCGCAUCGACAUUGUAUUUGUAAAUAUAAACAUUAUUUGUCCAUUUCAUCACAAAAUGUGAUUUUUACAUGUUUUUAUGUGCAUAUGUAUAUUGUAUUAUAACUUUUUUUAACGUUGAUUCCAUUUAAAAUACUGUUGCAAGUUCAAAAGAUUAAUGUUUUAUACGGAUGUUGCAAGCAUACAUGCCAGACUAGCAUUUUUAACGUUUAGUAAGCAUUUAUGCAGUCGAUCAGGAUUUUGAACUUGUGGCAGAAUUACGAGGUCAUUCACAAUCACUGCAAAAUGUAAUUCAUGGCAAUAUUAUGUUGUUAUGGGGAAGAUGGUAUUUCAGUUUUAAAUCUGCUGGUUGAGUGAUAUUAGCAAUGCAAUGAUGGCAACAGUUGAUUGUAUAUGUGAACUGAGUGAAUCUUUCCUGCUUAAAUGGCUUUUAAUUUAAUUAAGUACUUAUAAUAGUAUGUAUUCUAUCCCUACUCAAAAAGUUCGAAACAUUUCAGUUUUUUUGGUUCUUUUUCUUGUCCUUUUUAUUACAAAUUUGGCUUGUUAUGAGUUGAGUGGUGUAGCAUAAAUUUAUUCCCCCGUUUUUGUACAUAAAAUUUCAUCUAAAAAGUUAUUGAAUUGUUUUUAAAAAAAAUUCUAUUGGUAAUCAAUUGGCUUUCUUCAUUUGAUGAUGUUGCAGUUACAUAAAGAAAUAAAAAUUGUUGUUGAAUUAA